UUAGUGCGGGCGUAGGCGUGGCUGCCGAUGCUGUGAUUAGAUGGAUGAUUUCAGUUGAAGCGGGAAGGGGAUUUGGGCAGAUACUAAUUUAUUGAGAUAUUUUAGAGGUUUUAGACAUGGAUAUCCAGAAACAGCGCCAUGGAUUUCAGUCGUCGGCUCUGAAGCUGUCGAACGGUUACGUUUUACCGGAGGGCAGACUGACCCCUAACACGCUGUUCGUUGGGGGCAUUGACAUGAAGGUAGAGGAAAACGAGAUCCGAGAUUUCUUCGCUAGAUACGGAGCGGUGAAGGAGGUUAAAAUAAUCACCUACCGCGGUGGCAUCUGCAAAGGGUAUGGUUUUGUUUAUUUCAGCGAGGAUGUUGACAUCCAGACUAUCAUAGAACAACAGAUCACCUUUAAAGGGAAGAAACUCAAACUGGGCCCUGCCAUCAUGAAGGAUCGGAGUUAUCGUGAGUCAGGUUCUUACCAGUCCCCUCUGGUUGGUCCAUCUCAGUGGGUGAGCCCCUCCCCCUACAUGUACUGUACCUGUUGCUCUCCUGGCCUGGCCUCACCUUCACCUGUGCUCAGUGGGAGUAGUCAGUAUCUACAGCCAUAUUCGUACACCGGCUUUCCAGGGGUAGUGAUCCCUCAGGUGCCAGUGAACUACGCACAAUCAUCUUAUGCGUAUCCGUAUCCAAUACCACCACAGUGGUGUGGUGACCAGAGGACAAGGUUGAUCAAUCAGAACUAUGUAGACUGUGGGGUCCAGACCUUGCUGACUCUCUUAUAGUCCGUUGCUGUUUCAGGUGUGGACUGUUUUUCGGGGUCAAGGUCUGUUGAAGCGAAGGAUGACACCUUGGAAAUGGCAGAAAUUUUUGAGAGAACAUUCUCAUGAUUCUACCUUUGGUAUGCUUUCAGUGUGUGUGUGAUUUCAGACUACAAAAAGACCCCAUGCUGAGUUACAUCAGUUUGAUAGUAGGUCAGCCAAAAUCAUGGUCAUGUGGUCAAACGUCUAACUGCAUACAGUGUGUGGGUGCACAUGCUUUGCUCUGGAAUACACUUAACACACACUCUGCUUUUUGUUGUCAAUUUAUUUGUAUUGUACAUUUGUCUUUGUCAUACCAAACCUUUAAAAAGACACUUUUAAGAUCA